GGCUCGAUCAGAUGACAGGCUCGGCUGACUUCCUCCAGCUGACCGUCUGAAUCCGGGUUAAUAGUGGGACGGCGCAUAUGCAAGUAGGAAGUGCGCCCGGACUACUGCGGCGGAUGCGGGGUUCGCCUGAUACCAGUGGAGUCUUGUUUAACAAAAACCUUGCUGAAGCCCAACCCAACAGUGAAGAUGAGACAAUGGUACCGGUACUAGCAUCAAAAAAAGCCAGUGAGCUGCCGGUGGACGAGGUCACCUACAUCCUGCAGGCGGACUUGCAGUAUGGCCUUUCCCACGAUGAGGUGGCCCGCCGCCGCGCCUACCACGGCUGGAACGAGUUUGACAUCAGCGAGGACGAGCCGCUCUGGAAGAAGUACGUUCUGCAGUUCAAAGAUCCUCUCAUCAUGCUGUUACUGGCCUCUGCUGUCAUCAGUGUGGUGAUGCGGCAGUUUGACGACGCCGUCAGCAUCACUGUGGCCAUUAUUAUUGUCGUCACCGUUGCCUUUGUACAGGAGUACCGGUCCGAGAAGUCCUUGGAGGAGUUGGGCAAGCUGGUGCCUCCUGAGUGUCACUGCGUGCGGGAAGGUCACCUGGAGCACCUGCUGGCCCGUGAGCUGGUCCCGGGCGACACCGUCUGUCUCUCGGUGGGGGAGCGCGUCCCAGCAGACCUGCGUCUGUUCGAGGCAACCGACCUGUCUGUGGAUGAGUCCAGCCUGACGGGAGAAACCACGCCUUGCUCCAAGUGCACUACGCCCCAACCGGCGGCCACCAAUGGCGACAUCACCUCCCGGAGCAACGUGGCAUUCAUGGGGACGCUGGUGCGCUGUGGAAAGGCCAAGGGUCUUGUCAUCGGAACAGGAGAAAACUCUGAAUUUGGUGAAGUCUUUAAGAUGAUGCAGGCUGAGGAGGCUCCCAAAACCCCCCUACAGAAGAGCAUGGACCUGCUGGGGAAGCAGCUUUCUCUCUACUCAUUUGGGAUCAUAGGGGUCAUCAUGCUGGUCGGCUGGCUUCAGGGAAAGCACAUUCUGGAUAUGUUCACCAUCGGCGUCAGCCUCGCCGUUGCCGCCAUCCCCGAAGGCCUGCCCAUCGUGGUGACCGUCACCCUGGCACUGGGCGUCAUGAGGAUGGUGAAGAAGCGAGCCAUCGUCAAAAAGCUGCCCAUCGUGGAAACUCUGGGCUGUUGCAAUGUCAUCUGCUCUGACAAGACCGGCACGCUCACAAAGAAUGAGAUGACAGUCACCCACCUUUUCACAUCGGACAGUCUCCAUGCUGAGGUCACAGGCGUUGGCUACAACGGCGCUGGUGAGGUUCUGCUGGAUGGUGAGGUGGUCCAUGGCUUCUCCAACACGUCCAUCAAUAAAGUGGUAGAGGCGGGCUGCAUCUGCAACGAUGCCAUCAUCAGGAACGGCACCUUGAUGGGGAAGCCUACAGAGGGCGCUCUCGUCGCCCUGGCUAUGAAGAUGGGUCUGGAUGGCAUCCAGCAGGAGUACGUCCGUCUAGAGGAGCUCCCCUUCACCUCGGAGCAGAAGUGGAUGGCCGUCCGCUGUGUGCACCACACGGCACAGGACAAGCGGGGAGUGUAUUACAUGAAAGGGGCCUACGAGCAGGUCAUUCGCUACUGCACCGCCUACAACAGCAAGGGCACGACGGCGCCCCUGACCAACCAGGAGAGGGAUCUUUACCAGCAGCAGAAGAGCUACAUGGGCACAGCUGGGUUGAGAGUUCUGGCCUUUGCUUCCGGUUCUGAAAUGGGCUCGCUCACAUUCCUGGGCCUGGUGGGCAUCAUCGACCCUCCCAGGGAAGGGGUGAAGGAGGCCGUGGCAACGCUCAUCGGCUCGGGUGUGGCCGUCAAGAUGAUCACGGGAGAUUCCCAGGAAACCGCCGUCUCCAUCGCCAGCCGACUUUGCCUCUACACCAAGGGCUCUCAGUCCAUCUCCGGGGACGAGGUGGACCAGAUGGACUCCCAGCAGCUGUCCCACAUUGUGCCCAGGAUCUCGGUGUUCUACAGGGCCAGCCCCAGGCACAAGCUGAAGAUCGUCAAGGCCCUGCAGAACAUCGGCGCAGUGGUGGCCAUGACCGGCGAUGGGGUAAACGACGCCGUAGCGCUCAAGGCCGCUGACAUCGGCGUGGCCAUGGGCAAGACAGGCACCGAUGUCUGCAAGGAGGCUGCAGACAUGAUCCUAGUGGACGACGACUUCCAGACCAUCAUGUCUGCCAUAGAAGAAGGCAAAGGCAUUUACAACAAUAUCAAGAACUUUGUCCGCUUCCAGCUCAGCACGAGCAUCGCAGCACUGGCACUCAUCUCUUUGGCAACACUGAUGAACUUCCCAAACCCCCUGAACGCCAUGCAGAUCCUGUGGAUAAACAUCAUAAUGGACGGACCUCCAGCUCAGAGCCUCGGCGUGGAGCCCGUGGAUCGGGAUAUUAUCCGGAAACCCCCCAGGAACGUCAAAGACAGCAUCCUCACUCGGGGCCUCAUUGUCAAGAUCCUGGUGUCGGCCCUCAUAAUCGUGUGCGGCACCCUGUUUGUCUUCUGGAGGGAGCUGCGUGACAAUGUGAUCACACCGAGGGACACCACCAUGACCUUCACUUGCUUCGUCUUCUUUGACAUGUUCAACGCCCUCAGCUCCAGAUCGCAGACCCGGAUGGUGCAUGAGAUGGGCCUCUGCAGCAACCGGACGUUCUGCUAUGCCGUCCUGGGCUCCAUCAUGGGCCAGCUGCUGGUCAUCUACUUCCCCCCUCUGCAGAAGGUCUUCCAGACUGAGAGCCUCAGCAUCCUUGAUCUUCUGCUCCUCUUUGGGCUGACUUCCUCCGUCUGUGUCAUCUCCGAGGUGAUAAAGAAGAUCGAGAAGGUCUGGAGCAGAAGGUCUGAGAAAACUGACACUUCUGAUUCGUUCCACGAAGUAUGACGCACAUUGUGUCGGGUACCAAGGAGCCGGUGGAGACUGGGCUGCCUGUGGAGAGCGGAAGGGGGAAGAGCGUGACACAGCGUGCGCUUUUCCUACAGUUUGUCGUUUGAAAUGUUGGGUUGUCUGACUCUAGGCAGUCUGGAGUGAUACCAGUUUCUGUCUGAGGAACGUGGCGGGGUUGACCUCCCCUACGAACCUUUGGUUUGCUGCUGCCCACAGGCUUCCCCAACGGCCUGCGGGACCCGAGGGCGGUGAAGGUUUUUUUUCGUCCAAUCUUGGGGUUGUUGUUAUAUUAUUUUUUUUUUUUUUAGGAUUUGUUUUCAAUGUGGGUUUGAGUAGCUGAUGCAGCUUUUGUGGAACAAACCAUGUUACCUUCAAGCAUUCCAGCUCAGCUUGCUAGAACAAUACAGUCCCCUCUAUUCCUGACUUAUGUCACUGAAGAGUCGAGAUGGUGUGUGGAAGUCAAUAUACAUGCAGGUGUUCAGGAACAAGUGUCCACUAUCAACUUGUGUUUUGUGGCUAAGUAGCCUUUGUCACUACUUCUUGCCAAAUACUGUACCUCAGCUGCUGUUGCUGGGUCUGACCACAUGUGGCGCUGUACUGUAACCUUUCCCAGCUUAGCUCCCUUCUCUUACCCACAGUCAUCACUGGAAGGCCGACACUUAGAAAUUCGGUGCAAGAGCUUGGCAGUUGAACUCGGCAGGCUUUAGACUUUAGUUUAAGGCUGGUUGGGUGGCUGGAUAUUUUAUUAUGAUUUUUAUUGGGUGGUAAAUUUAGGUCUUAAGUUUAAGAAAGCGGUUAUAGCUGUUAUGAAGCAGUUGCUCCCCCCCCAGACACACACACACCCAGCCAAAUGUGUACGCACAACAGCCUUACUCCAAGCUCACCCCCUCCUCCAAUCACAACAAAUUGCCAGCCAGGAGGUACAUAUUACUUUGUACAGUAUAUGCAGCAAUUUGUAUUAUUUAUAUGUCCCAAUAAUGUCGAUUUGCACUCAAUAUUACGAGAAGUAGUCUACUGUAUUUUACUUGUUACUGGGUGUCCAUUUUGGCACAGUUGCUGGAAGCAUUUCCUCACCUUCAAGAUGUUGGACUUCUGUUGGCCAGUAAAACAAGCUCAGCCUCUCCUUUCUGAGGAGACCACCUGAACUCCUGGCCUUAAACUGCAGUCCCUCCAGGGCCUUUUUUGUUAGACAGCUUCCCUUUUAUGAUAUUUUUCCCCCCAUUUUCUGUGGCUUCGGAACUCCGUACCACUGCAGCCCUGAUGAGACGACUCACUAGCGCCAUCUUGCUUUUACAGAAGGUACAAACCAGUGAUUGGUGGGGACAGUGCUUCUUGAUCUAUGUCUGCCCAGCUGAAAGCAGUACUCUGUUGUGACAGUCUGGAAAAUAAUAAUGUACAUUAAAAAUUUUGUAAACCUUUUAAA